AACGCAUGCGCACAAGCCAGACUGCCGCUGCUGCCACAGUCUCUGCGGCCGCGUCUUCAGCACCAGCGCCCGGACAGCGGCGCCGCCCACGGGAAUGGACGGUGGUAGCAGCAGCAGCUGCAACAGCGGUCUGGCUCCCGGCAGAGGUCUGGAAGGGGACCAAGGGCUCGACGGGGAGCCCUUGGCCCCAGAUGGCAGCUCCCCGGACAGCAUCCAGGCCAAGGCUGUGGCCCCUGAGGCAAGCCCAGAGAGAAGCUGCUCCCUCCACAGCUGCCCCCUUGAGGACCCUUCCAGCUCUUCAGGACCCCCACCAGCAACUUCCACACUCCAGCCUGUGGGUUCAUCCAGCCCUUUGGCCUCUGCUCACUUCACCUAUUCCCAGACACCACAGGAAUACCAGGGGAGCAAUUCCCUGCCAGGACAUGGGGACCUGGCAGCUCUGUGCUCCCAUGGUUGCAGCCUCAACCCUUCCCCAGCCCCCUUACAGUGUGAUGGGGCCUGGAAGCCACCCUCUGUGCAGCAGCAUGUGGUCAGCGUCAGGCAGGAACGGGCCUUCCGGAUGCCAAAGAGCUAUGCCCAGCUGAUUGCUGAGUGGCCAGUGGCCGUGCUGCUGCUGUGUCUGGCUGUCGUCCUCUUCUGCACCCUGGCUGGACUGUUGGGGGGCCAGCUGCCCAACUUCUCCAAGCCUUUGCUGGGCUUUGAGCCUCGGGACACGGACAUUGGGCGUAAGCUAGUGGUCUGGAGAGCACUGCAGGCCCUUACGGGCCCCAGGAAGCUGCUUUCCUUUUCCCCAGAACUUGAGUUGAACAGCUCAAGCUCCCACACCUCUCUGAGCCCCGCAUCCUGGGACAGUGCCCAGGAGGGCGUUGUUCGGCCUCGGAGGAUGGUGGAACCCCCGGAGGACAGAGGGCAGGAGAGCUUCUUCUGUGGCCCCCCUGAGAGGGGCUACGCACAGCUGGUGUUCAUAUCCACCUCAGAGGUCAGCCUGUGGAACGUGCAUGCCCUCCAUUCCAUGUGUCGCAUGGAACGGGAUCAGAUCCGCUCCCAUAGCCACUUUGGGGCUCUGUGCCAGCGUACAGCAACCAACGAAUGCUGCCCCAGCUGGUCCCUGGGCAACUAUGUAUCUGUGCUCUCCAACCGCUCCUCCUGCUUCGACAUCACCCAAGCUGACACAGACCGUGUACUGGCCCUGCUUCGGAUCUGUGCGGUCUACUACCACCGAGGUGACCUGGUGCCCUCUUGUCUGGGACCCGGGCAGAACAAGUCCCCACACUGUGCCCAGGUUCCCACCAAGUGUUCCCAGAGCAGUGCCAUCUACCAACUCCUGCACUUUCUGCUGGACAGGGACUUUCUGAGUCCCCAGACUGCUGACUACCAGGUGCCCUCCCUCAAGUUCAGCCUGCUCUUCCUGCCCACCCCAAAGGAUGCUUCUAUGUUGAGCAUCUACCUGGACCACCUCAUCACCCCCGGGGUGCUCACUGACAACUACACCUCUGUCACCGGCAUGGACCUAGGAGUCAAGGAGGAGCUGCUGAAGUACUACCUAGCCCAGGACACGGUGUACCCCUUCCUGGGCCUGGCUGCCAUCUUCCUUGGCAUCACCCUCUACCUGCGCUCACUCUUCCUUGCGCUCAUGAUGCUGCUGGGGGUGCUGGGCUCCCUGCUGGUUGCCUUCUUCCUUUACCAAGUGGUCUUCCGCAUGGCCUACUUCCCCUUCGUCAAUCUGGCGGCCCUCAUCCUGCUCAGCAGCGUCUGCACCAACCACACGCUCAUCUUCUUCGACCUAUGGCGCCUCAGCAAGCGCCAGGUGCCCUCUGGGGGACUGGCACAGCGCCUGGGCCGCACCAUGCACCACUUUGGCUACCUGUUGCUGGUCUCUGGCCUCACCACGAGUGUGGCCUUCUACGCCAGCUACCUGAGCCGCCUGCCCACCGUACGCUGCUUCGCCCUCUACAUGGGCACAGCUGUGCUGGCGCACCUGGCACUCACGCUGGCCUGGCUGCCCGCCUCUGCCGUGCUCCACGAGCGCUACCUGGUGAACGGCUGUGAGCAGGCUCCGUGCGGCAGCAGCCUCCACCGGUGGUUCCGCGGCCUUCGGAGGGCCGCAACCAUCACCUCGCGCCUGCUCUUCCAGCGCCUGCUGCCCUGUGGCGUCAUCAAGUUCCGCUACAUCUGGGUCUGCUGGUUCGCGGUGCUGGCGGCAGGGGGCGGCUACAUCGCCGGGGUCAGCCCCCGCCUGGGGAUGCCCACCCUGAAGCCCCCGGGCAGCCAGUACUUCCGGCCUAGCCACCCCUUCGAGCGCUACGACGCAGAGUACCGCCAGCAGUUCCUGUUUGAACAGGUGUCUGGGGACGAGGGCGGCCACAUGCCCGUGGUUUUGGUGUGGGGCAUCCUGCCUGUGGACACCAGCGACCCCCUGGACCCUCGCAGCAACAGCUCUCUGGUGAGCGACCCUGCCUUCUCAGCCAGCAGCCCUGAGGCCCAGCGCUGGCUGCUGGCACUUUGCCACCGCGCCCAGAACCAGAGCUUCUUUGGCCCACAGCCAGAGGGCUGGCCCACACUGUGUUUCAUGGAGGCCCUGCAGCACUGGAUGGAGAGCCCCGGCUGCGCGCGCCUGGGGCCUGACCUCUGCUGUGGUCACUCAGACUUCCCCUGGGCCCCCCAGCUCUUCCUGCACUGCCUGAAGAUGAUGGCUAUGGAGCAAGGCCCCAACGGCACCCUUGACCUGGGACCCCGCUAUGAUACCCAUGGCAGGCUGGCUGCCCUGGUCCUGCAAUUCCAAACCAACUUCCAGUAUAGUCCAGACUAUGGCCAGAUCCAUCACUUCUACGCUGAGGUCAGCCACUGGCUGGCCGCAGAGCUGGGCAUGGCACCUCCAGGCCUCCGCCGGGGUUGGUUCACUAGCCGUCUAGAGCUGUUCAGCCUGCAGUACAGCCUGACCACUGAGCCUCCUGUGGUGCUGGGCCUGGCUCUGGCGCUGGCCUUUGCCACACUGCUGCUGGGCACCUGGAAUGUUCCACUCAGCCUCUUCUCCGUGGCAGCCGUGGCAGGCACUGUACUGCUCACCGUGGGACUCCUGGUUCUACUCGAGUGGCAGCUCAACACUUCCGAGGCGCUCUUUCUUUCUGCCUCUGUGGGCCUCGCAGUGGACUUCACUGUCAACUACUGCAUCUCCUAUCACCUGUGCCCACACCCUGACCGCCUGAGCCGCGUGGCCUUCUCGCUGCGCCAGAGCAGCUGCGCCACGGCAGUGGGGGCUGCAGCCCUGUUCGCAGCCGGCGUGCUCAUGCUGCCUGCCACAGUGCUGCUCUACCGCAAGCUGGGCAUCAUCCUCAUGAUGGUCAAGUGCGUCAGCUGUGCCUUUGCCAGCUUCUUCUUCCAAUCUCUGUGCUGUUUCUUUGGGCCAGAGAAGAACUGUGGGCAGAUCCUCUGGCCCUGUGCCCACCUGCCAUGGGACGCCAGCACUGGGGAGCCUGGCAGGGAGAAGGCAGGCCGCCCACGACUAGGGCCAAUCGGGGUAGUGCCUGGGUCCUGCUCAGAGCAAUAUGAGCUACAGCCCCUGGCACGGCGCCGGAGCCCCAGCUUUGACACCAGCACAGCUACCAGCAAGCUGUCUCACCGACCGUCAGUACUCUCUGAGGACCUACAGCUGCAUGAUGGUCCCUGCUGCCCCCGGCCCCCGCCGACCCCUGCCUCCCCAAGGGAGCUAUUCCUGGACCACCAGGCCGUCUUCAGCCAGUGCCCAGCCCUGCAGACCUCCUCCCCCUAUAAGCAGGCUGGCCCCAGCCCCCAAACCCGGGCCAGGCAGGACUCCCAAGGGCAGGAGGCUGAGCCCCUGCCAGCCUCACCAGAAGCCCCUGCCCACUUGCCCGAGCCCAAGGCUGCAGAGCUUCCUGAUGGCCUCUGCUCCUCAGCCAGCACCCUGGAGGGGCUGAGCGUCUCCGAUGAGACCUGCCUAAGCACCUCUGAGCCCAGUGCCCGUGUACCAGAUUCCGUGGGUGCCUCCCCAGAGGACCUGGAUGACACUGGGCAGCCAGUACCUGAGCGGGGCCAGAUGAAUGGGAAGCGGGAGACCCUGUGGCUGGCGCUGAAGGAGACGGUGUACGACCCAUUAUUGCCCACCUCCCACCAGAGCUGCCUGUCCUGGAAGGGCCACGGGGGGGUGGGGGAUGGCAGCCCUGUGAUGCUGCCCAACAGCCAGCCCGAUCUGCCAGAUGUCUGGCUGCGCAGGCCCAGUACCCACACUUCGGGCUACAGCAGCUGAGGGAGGCCAGAUCCAGGCAGGAACCCUGCCAGAUGCUCCAGCCUUGAUCUGGCUGCUGCUUACUCCUCACAGCUGGAGGAUCCCAUGGGGAGGGGCUUCGGAGGGGACUUGCUUGUGACCUGCUGAGGGCUCGUCUGCCCCACAGUCCCAACCAAGACCCCUCCCUAGAAAGGGGGAAGGCCACAUGUAUAGCUUCAGGUAUUAGGGGAGGCUGACUUGACCCCCAUCCCAAGUGACAAGUUCAGUGAGACUAAGGGACCCCAUCUUUGGGAUCCCGUCAGGGUAUCUCACUGACCAGAAGAGCCCUCAGGAAUCUCUGCAGUCUCCUGAGCCUCCCCCCUUUCAUGGGCUCUUCAUCAGGACAUUUCUCUCUCUUUGAGGAGCUUUUCUGUGCCAGGUUUGGGCUGAGGCCUCUGUCCUGAACUGCCCUGCUCUGCUCACCAGCCUAACCAGAAAUUCUCCAGGCUUAGCACAGGUGGCUGCUGGGAGUGAUGCAGGAGAAGGAGGGAUGGUCAGCCUCGGAGCAUUCCUAAACUGCAGGACAGUCCCCCUUUGGAAGCAGGCUCUGGUGCUCUCCCCUGUUAAACAAUGAUCCUUAACUCCUUGCACCUUUUUAGUCUUAUUAGAAUCUCACUACUUCACUACAGGGUAGCCUGCAGUUGGUCAGGGUCUUUUGCCCCCAAUUUACAGGUAAAGACAUUAAGACUAAGUAAGGUUAAUUGACUUACCCUAGCAAGUGCAGAGCAGCUUUCUGACUCAUUCCACCCCCACAACUCCCAGUCUUUUCCUGGCUUCCUGCCUCAGGGACACUGGCCUAUGGCUGUCUUGGUCCUUCACCCCUAGCACCCUCCUCCAACCUGCCUUCUCCGAUGUCUCUGAGUAAACCCCCAUCUCCAGAGAGAGCUGUAGUCUGAGCAAAGCCUGGAGUCCCCCCCAUCUCCCCAUGCUUCCCUUUGGAAUCUGGCUGAGAUGCCUACUGGCCUGGGGCCUCCUGGCUGCUCUGAUCCCCAGGCUUUGGGAGCAUGCCUCUGCCAUGGCCGUGCUCUGUGGAGAGGCCCCACCAGGAGAGGUGCUGAGGGACGGAAGAGAUUGAGUGGAAUCCAAUUAAGGCAGGAACUCAGACCUGCCCUUUAUGGGAGUGUAUGAGUCUGAAGCUGCUCCCCAGGUCAGGGUCCCCAGCUUCUUAAGGACAGGUCAUUGUGCAGACUGCUUAGGAGACCAAAGGCUAGCCCCCCCUCCCCAAAGCAGAGUCUGGUGGGAAGGUUUUAUCCUAUGCAAGAGUUCAUGACACUAGGUAGCAUUGACGAGUUCACUGAACACCUACUUUGCAUAUGGAAUUACAAAGGGACGGUGGUAUGGAAGGAAAAAUCAAACACUGCCCUCAAAGAGCUCAUCUAGCUGGGGAGACAGCUGACAUAUACAUGCAGGCAUUGGAUGGGUCACUGAUGGUGCCAUAUCACUGGCUUCAUCAUUAUUGCUGGAGCUCAAGUACCCAGGACUGGGGAACCAGGAAGGCUUCCUGAAGGAGGAAUGACUUGAGCUGGGCUUCAGAAGACCAAAUAUCUUAGACUGGAAGGGGCCUUAGCAAUCAUCUCCUCUAGCAGCUUUCAAACACUGUAGUCUCAGGACCCUUUCUUCAAAGAACCCUUGUAUGGAAACACAAUAUGUAAAACAGGUAAAAAGUAUCCACUCUGGUGGGCACUGGGUGUUGGGGUACAGAGUCAGCUCAGCCUCCCUUUUUACUGCAGCCUCUUCGGGGACCCCGGGGAACCCCUCAGGCUCCUGGCAGCUCCACAGAAGGUGGUCGGAAAACCACUGAUCCAGGCCAUUUUACAGAUGAGU